AUGCUAACACGUGCCAAACAUGGGAUUUUUAAACCUAAAAGCUUUGCUGCUCAGGUUUUUUAUGUCAAUGUGAAUAGUGAGCUUAACACCACUAAUCUUAUUGUCUAUGAAGCUCUCACUACUGAUGUUUCAGAAAAGCAAUCUCUUCCUUCACUACCUUUGUCCACUGAAGAAGCCUUGCAAUAUCCCGGUUGGUUAGAGGCUAUGAACAAAGAGAUUACUGCUCUUGGCAUCAAAGGCACCUGGAUUUUACUUCCACCUGAUCCCAGCUAUAAAGUAAUAAGUAACAAAUGGGUGUUUCGCAUAAAAACGUUGGCUGAUGGUACGCUUGAUCAGCUUAAAGCUCAUCUUGUUGCCCGUGGUUUUUAA